UUUCAUAAAGUGAUGAUUCCUGUCUCCUGCAAGCAGCAUGAGAAGCAGAGUGGAUCAGAUGAUGAGGCUCCAGCUGUGAGCAGUGAAAAGUUAUCAAGCAACAAACAGAUUCUUUCAUAUUUUCUCCUUCUGUUUCAUUCUAUUGGACAUUCAAAUGAUUAUUUUUUUAAAGAAAACAUAUUUCAAAGAAAGAUCUAUAAUAGGAAAUUGUAUUUUUUCAAGGAGAAUCCUGUUGCUUCAAAUUAUAUUUUUCAUUUGAUCAAACUGACCGCUUGUGUUUGGCUCAUGGAGCUGCUUGUUGUGUUGUGUCCAGAUGUUAAACAGAUGUGUUUAUUCUCUGUAAAAGUAGGAGUUAACUAAAUGUUUCUGUCCUGAACAUUUUUUGUGACGAUAUCUUCUCCCUCUCAGAGCAUCCUGGCUGAAGCCAUGUCCAAACCGAAUCCAUUCUGCUCUACAAAUAAAGUAGCUUUACAGUUGAAUGUGCAGGUGGUGGUGGUGUGAUAACCAUGACCGACUAUCAUGGUGGUGAUGAGACUACGAUGAUGAUGAUGGUGAUAGGGAUGAAAGCUGUGUUGCACAAAUGGUCAUCAGUUGUUUUGCAUGUUGGACUUAUUUACUCCACAUCACAGAGACUUUACAUCUUCGCUUUUCUCAUAUUUGGUGUGUGACUUAUGAUUUUGAAGCGUUCUUUCUAUUUAGUUUGCUAUUUUUCUUUCUCUCUUCUAUGAAAGAGAAAGAUUUCCAUACUUAAUGUUUCUCCUUAUGUUUAGAAAACAACUCAAGCAAUUGUUGAGACUUUGACGCUGAAUUCUUGCUAUGGAAAAUUGUAUUAACUACACCAGAAUUUUUUUUAAUGCUGCUAGUGUUUUAUUUAAUACUGCAUAGCAGUUUAUCUGCUUUUGCCUGAUAUGGUUUAAAAACGAAUAUUUUCUGUUCUCUUCUCAGAAGGACACUGAAGACAGAGAGAAAGCCGUGGAGAAUCAGUCUAAUGUGCUUUGCUCAUGACUCAUUGACGGCAUGCACACAUGUGACUGAACAACUUCUCCCAGAAAUACCCUCAGUCCUCAAACUCCUCCUCUUCCAUAAUGCUACCACUUCCCCCUCCUACUCCUGCCAGCUUGCAGUCAAUCUCCUUGUUCUCUACUCUAGUACACUGAGUCCCUCUAUGUUUGCGUCCUUGCCAGGUCAAAAGUAAUUUGAUCUCGCCGGAAAGGAAGAAAAGAAGUGAAACACCACCAGUCCCACCCAGAUCAGCUGAAGAGAUUCACAUAUAAUAAAGCACUGCUCCUGCUCAGAAACAUGCGUUCCCUAUAAAACUGUUUUGACUUCUGCUUGGCCCGUCUGUGCUCUGUUGUGUUACAGGAGAUGAAGGGGAUGUCUGCGUACAGCAACGUACAACAAAGAAGACCUGAGGAAAAGAACCGAUCAGCUGACAAAGGCACCAAAGAUGAUGAAUCUAUUGUAACCAAAGACGGUGACGAGAACCGUCCGGCGAGCACAACGGCUGCGUCUGAUGAAGGACUGAAAGAUGAAAAAGAGUCUUCAUCCAGAAAAGAAAAGAAAGAAGAGGAUGGAAAGGACAAAACUGAGGAGACUAAAGUCAAGAAACCCAAGAGACAAAAUCCUUUCAUGCCUCAGGUCAAGACCAAAGUUAUUCAGAAGCAUGUACAGGACACAGCUGGAGGCAGUGCAGCGGAGAAUAAAGGUGCCAGCAAGUCCCUGUUUGACCAUUUGGAGGACUUCCGUAUUAACCCCUUACAGCCUGAAAACAGUCAGGAUAUGGAGAAUCUCAUGGACUGGUGGAACGCUGUGGAGGCAUGGGACGACACUUCACAAAAUGAAGACAUGACAGAAAAAGAAGAGGCCAAGGCAUUUGCUGUGACGGCAGAGAAAGUGCAGAAGGGCAUCCGUGUCUUCAACAAACUGUUCUCAGAGCGCGCUGAGAGCCUCUGGCAGCACGUCAUUGAACUCAACAGCAUUGCCGACGGCCUGGACAAGUUCAACAAGAACACAAAGAUCGCUCAAAUCACCGGUGGCUCCACCAGUGCCAUCGGGGGCGUUGCUACCAUUGCUGGCCUGGCUCUGGCUCCAUUUACAAUGGGAACCUCUCUGAUUGUGACAGCGGUAGGGCUGGGUGUUGCCACAGCAGGUGGUCUAACAUCAGCUGGUGCUGGCAUCUCCAACCAAGUCAAUAACUCUAUGGACCGCAAGAAGGUGGAGAAGAUUGUGGAGGACUACCAGGAGAAGAUGAUCGACCUCAACAACUGCCUGAAGUUCAUCAAGCAGGGGAUCGAGAAUCUGCGUAGGUUUGACCUUGUUAAGAUGAAAAAACACGCAUACAACCAGGACUUCCCUGCACUCACUAGUAGUUUCUAUAUGGACGGCGCCAUGGCAGGAAAAGCCAUCCUCAUCAACGCCAAUGAGAUCAUGCGUGUGGUGCACAUCGCAAACGUGGCGGGUAGCACCGCAGCCAGAGCAGUCCAGAUCGCCAGUAUGGCCACUGGUGUCCUCACCGGCCUCUUCGUAGGCAUGGAUAUCUACUUUGUGGCCAAAGACUCCAGAGAACUCAAGAAAGGGGCAAAGUCAGAGUUUGCUGCCAAAAUCAGGGAGGUGGCCACGCAGCUGCACGACGGUCUGGUGGAGCUUAACGGCAUACGAGAGGUGCUCCAUUCCACCACGCCAGAAAACACAGGUAGCAAUACCAAAGCUUUGACCAGUGACACAAAAGAGAAAGACAACAAAUCUGACAGUUUAGGAGAAAAUGAAAUUGACUGCAUAAAAAAUGCUAUCAAGGGCGACACUGAGAACAGAGACUAAGGAUCAUAAACCAGGAAAUGCCUUAAACUAUACUUAAUUAUGAAAAAGUAAAAAAAAAAAAAAAAAAAAAAAAUAAUAAUUCAAACUCAGCACUUUUUUUCAACACAUUUCAGUGCUGUGCACAUCUAAGGCCGUUGGUAAUUUCUUAAAAGUUUUAACACAAUAAGUUGCAUUUUGAAUUCCGGAAAGGAAACUACAACCUUGUAAUGGAAAGUAUCUGAACAUUUUAACCAAGGAACUGAUUUUUUUAAAUGUCCACAUGUAUGUUACACUGACAGGAACUGGGUCUGUAGCAGACCCAGCCCAGCAAUGGUACAGUGUACUGAUGUUUUAAGCUACCUUUUAUUAGUGUUCAUUUGUUUUCCUUUACUGUGCAAAUUCCUUUUGAACAUAUUUUACUCGAACACUGUAAGAACUCCCACUUCCAACUGGUUGCUUUUACAGUUUUUUUCUCUAUUGCUAAGACACAUUUCUCGAAAGCUUCUCUCCUUCUCUCUUAACUGAACACCAAACCCAAGUUUUAUGCUACUGUUGUAGAAAAAUGACCAAGAGUUUGGAAUGAGUAAAAGUAUAUAAAGUUUAUUACAGAAGAAUUAUUGAAUACAGAAUUACUUGCAAGUAAUGAGAGUGGUCGUCCUAACUCACGUGAAGUCAAAAGAGAGGCAAGAGGAAAAACAAUAGUUAUACAUUUCUGUAGAAAGAAUCCUCCUUCCUGAAGACCUUGGGUCUUAGCUGGCAUCAAAACAACCUCACAUAGUUGUGUCUCCACCAGAACCAGUCUGACUAAGGGUCUGAGGAAGGACCAGAAAAAGGUCACCUUACCUUCGUAGUGAACUUUUUAACAGAGCAUGUAUAUGAAGAGAAUAAACUUUAAAAGUAAAUUAAAGCAUGAUGACUAAAAAUGCACAACGUAAAAAGUGUAACAUAGUAACAAUCAGUGUAAAUACAAUUUAUAAAUUAAUAUAGUAAACGAAGUAAUUAUAGGUGUGAUUAUAAUAUUAUAUACAGAGUAUAAUAAGUAAAAUUUCUUCCACACUACAUUCAUAAAACCUCAGAAUCUUCCAAAAUCUUUCCCAAAACUGAACUGUUGUCAAAUCGUGCCCUGAGUCAAUCAAAAUGAAAAACACAACUGAGCAGUCACUUAACGCUACAGGGAAAAAUGGAAAAAAACAAUACUCAGGACAUGACGCUGUAGAAAUAAAAGUUUGUUCACUGUAGGCUAAAUGCAUGUUACAAAACAAAUAACCUGUGCAUUUAUCACUUGUAUGCAGUAAGCCUACAUAAAAAUAAAAGUACGAACACAUAUACAAAUGAGAAGUGCAUUACUCAGCCACAGUAUCAUUUCUUCAUACUGGGUCAGGCUAGAGGACUUCAAAACAAGGGAUGCUCAUCCUGCUGCCCUAACAGAGCAUCUCACAUGUGACUGAGGAAAAUGAGGAGCAGGUGUUGUAGGGUCGUAGGUUGGCGGGACAGCGGACAACCCCAUGAUUGCUCAUGGCAGCACACAAUGUGACAUUGCCACCUUGCUGAGAGAGAUGCCAACAAUGGCCCGUUGGCCAAUCACACUACGGCCUCUCCUUCUCCUGACGAGAUAACAGUAAACCCAGCUUCAUCCAUGUAGAUGUAUUCAUAGGGUCUUUCCAUUUGUUGCGCAUGAGGUCACGAUCAACAGUAGAGAGGCUGACACUGUUGAUACCCUCAAAAUGUACAUGCUCCUUAAUGAUCUUCUGCUGAAUUUCACACAGUUUAAUGGUGUUGUUCUCAUGGACCAUAGUGACAAUUAGGUCUCUUGGUAUGGGGAGAACAUACCUGUCCUCCCACCCCCAUGUGGCAGUCUUUCAAUUUUACAAAAAGAGAACAUGCAGUUACAGAAAUAUACAUGGAUUACUAGGCCUACAAACAGUUAAACUAACCCUCCAUUACAGUACUAAAGUACAUCGGCACAGUGAUGUACUGAAACAUAUAUUUAUUUACAGUAUACUGUGGUACAGUAUAUAGCAUAGUCAUAUAGUAAUUACUGUUAACAUUUACAUACUGUAAUGUCAAAAAAAAGGUAAUUACCUGUUCCCUAAAUCUUUGGAUUAUGGUGGACACAGUGAAUCUACUGAUGUUUGGUUGUACCCUUUGUCCAACCUCGCUCAUGCUCAUAUUGUAGACAAGAACAUGGUCAAUCACAGUAGAUCUGAUUUCAUCAGAUAUUAGUGUUCUUUGUCUUCGCGGACAACCUCAACCACUUCUCACACAAACAACACAAACUACUCCUCCUCUCAGAUUUCUAUCCAUUGUAGUGGAUCACAAACCAGCACUCUCUGAACAGGCUUAUAUAUAUAUAUUCCUUCACAUCAUUGGCCACAAGUGUGAUCAGUUUUGAGUUGUUGUGUUCAGCCAGUGACACCUGUGCUUUAAUUGUGUUUGACUUUGCCAUGUGUGCUUACCAUUAUGCAACACAGAUGCAUCACAAUGAACGUGUGUUGGUAAGUUGUGUCUAAACACAUGAGAAAUGCUUAUGGUUUUACCAAAAGAGUGACUGAUUCAAUCAGUGGGUUUAGAUAAUAAGGUUUAGUGGUUUAGCAAUUGAGAAAAACAAUAAAGAAAACCAAACAAAAUAAAAGGCCAGGAAGAGACUAAAUUACUAAAAAUAAAAUAUUUUAUAUUAUAGCAUAUUAUACUUGCAUAUCUGGUAGUGGUGCCAUUAUUUGAAACUGCUGUGCUUCUUUCAUUAAGUGGGUUUAAGGAAAUUUAAUUUAGUAACAUUUAAUUAAAAAAUAUGCUGUAAAUAUUUUCUGAUCUUCCCUUAAACCAUGAAGAGUAGCUUUGACUUCCAUGGAUAUCCUGAAGGGGAAUAGUUAUUAGUUAUUUAUAAUUCUUUAGAAUUACAGUGUAACAUUAGCCUGUUUCCUCAGCUGAGGUUUGGCUGUCAAGGCUGCACAAGGCUGUUUAUUUUUUUUAAGAAUGCUGUCAAUCGACUUUGUGUAAUGUGGAAUGUUUUAACAAAAAAGAAAUUAUUGUUAUUAGAAAUCAUGUGUCCACUUUUAUCCAAGCUAAGUUUGACCUGAUAAACAGAAGCAAAAUCCAGGCCUUGUGUUCACAGUGAGGAAGACAGGCGUGUCUGAUGACUGCUCAAAAUCAAAGUUUCUUGUCCAGCCUGAAUAUGCUCUGUGAUCAGAAAUUAAAUUCUUUUUAUUUUU